GGCACAGAGCGAGCGGGCGGGCAGGCGGGCGGCAGCGCGGCGCCGCGCUGCGCUCCUCCCUUCUGUCCCUCCGCCUUCUCCCGCCGCGGAUGUCGGCGCCGCCGCUGCGUGGGGGAGAGGAGCGGCUGCGCGGGCAGCGCCCCCCCGGGUGCCGGAACGUCUUCAGGCACGGAUUUGUAGAAGAUCCUGGAACACAGAGGAGCAGCUGAGAGCCUUCAGACAAUUUAUUGUCUUCUCUAACCUUACAGAAUCAACUUUCAUCUUCUGGAUGUCCAAGCCUUUCACACCAAAUUUUAAGCUUUACCUUUCCUGCCUGGCAACAAAUUACAUUCUCAGUCUGUUAUUUUAAGGGGCUGGGAAGCUGAAUUCACUAGCUGACCAGCAUGGCUAAGAUUAGAUUAGUUUUAACUGUUUGCCAGGUGGUGCUAGAAUUGCUAACGAAUUCAUUAACUGAGUCUUCCGUACAGAGUAAUGAAUGUCCCCAGCUUUGUGUAUGCGAAAUCAGGCCAUGGUUUACACCACAGUCAACAUACAGGGAAGCCACAACAGUUGACUGCAAUGACCUUCGUUUAACAAAAAUCCCCAGCAAUCUUUCCAGUGACACUCAAGUCCUUCUGUUACAAAGCAACAAUAUCGCAAAGACCACAGAUGAACUCCAACUGCUAUUUAAUUUAACAGAGUUAGAUUUUUCACAAAAUAACUUCACAAGUAUCAGAGACGUGGGGCUCUCAAAUCUUACUCAGCUAACUACUUUGCAUCUGGAGGAAAAUCAGAUCAUGGAGAUGACUGACUACUGCUUGCAAGACCUUUGCAAUCUUCAGGAGUUAUAUAUAAAUCAUAAUCAGAUCAGCAGCAUUUCUGCAAAUGCAUUCUCUGGCCUGAAGAAUCUUUUAAGAUUACAUCUCAACUCCAACAAAUUAAAGGUUAUUGACAGCCGUUGGUUUGAUUCUACUCCUAACUUAGAGAUUCUUAUGAUUGGAGAAAAUCCAGUGAUUGGAAUACUAGAUAUGAACUUCAAACCACUCUCCAAUUUAAGGAGUCUUGUUUUGGCGGGUAUGUAUCUUACAGACAUCCCCGGCAAUGCCUUGGUAGGCUUGGACAGUCUUGAAAGUCUUUCCUUCUAUGACAACAAAUUGGUAAAAGUUCCUCAGCUCGCACUUGAGAAAGUUCCAAAUCUAAAAUUCCUGGAUCUCAACAAAAAUCCAAUUCAUAAAAUUCAAGAAGGUGACUUUAGAAACAUGCUCAGAUUGAAAGAGCUUGGAAUCAAUAAUAUGGGAGAGCUUGUUUCUGUGGAUAGGUAUGCGCUGGACAACCUGCCUGAACUUACAAAGCUGGAAGCCACCAACAACCCAAAGCUGUCCUACAUCCAUCGUUUGGCAUUUCGCAACGUCCCUGCCCUGGAGAGUUUGAUGCUGAACAACAACGCCUUGAACGCUGUCUACCAAAAAACAGUGGAGUCCCUCCCAAACCUGCGUGAGAUUAGCAUCCACAGCAACCCCCUCCGGUGCGACUGUGUCAUUCACUGGAUCAACUCAAACAAAACCAACAUCCGCUUCAUGGAACCUCUCUCCAUGUUCUGUGCCAUGCCUCCAGAGUACAGAGGACAACAGGUAAAAGAAGUGCUAAUACAGGAUUCAAACGAGCAAUGUCUUCCAAUGAUCUCUCACGAGACCUUUCCAAAUCACUUAAACUUGGACAUUGGCAUGACAGUAUUUUUAGACUGCAGGGCCAUGGCAGAACCCGAGCCAGAAAUUUACUGGGUCACUCCCCUCGGAAAUAAAGUAACUGUUGAAAGCCUCUCUGACAAAUACAAGCUAAGCAGCGAAGGCACCUUGGAAAUCUCCAAUAUUCAGAUUGAAGACUCUGGGAGGUACACCUGUGUUGCUCAGAACAUAGAAGGAGCUGACACGAGGGUCGCCACAAUCCGGGUGAACGGAACACUUCUGGAUGGCACCCAGGUUCUGAAAAUCUUUGUGAAGCAAGCUGAAUCGCAUUCCAUUUUAGUUUCUUGGAAAGUUAACUCCAAUGUCAUGACUUCCAAUUUAAAGUGGUCAUCAGCUACUAUGAAGAUUGACAACCCUCACAUUACAUACACCGCUCGGGUCCCAGUUGACGUACAUGAAUAUAACCUCACGCAUUUACAACCUUCUACAGAUUAUGAAGUGUGUCUCACUGUGUCCAACAUCCACCAACAAACACAAAAGUCCUGUGUUAAUGUUACAACAAAAAAUGCAGCUUUUGCGCUGGAUAUUUCAGACCAAGAAACCAGCACUGCUCUGGCAGCGGUAAUGGGAUCGAUGUUUGCUGUAAUUAGCCUUGCCUCCAUUUCUGUUUACAUUGCAAAAAGAUUUAAGAGAAAAAACUACCACCAUUCACUGAAAAAAUAUAUGCAAAAGACCUCCUCAAUCCCCCUGAAUGAGCUCUAUCCUCCACUUAUUAAUCUCUGGGAAGGCGACAGCGAUAAGGACAAGGAUGGUUCUGCAGAGACCAAGCCAACCCAAGUCGACACAUCCAGAAGCUAUUACAUGUGGUAACUCAGAGGAUAUUUUGCUUCUGGUAGUAAGGAGCACAAAGACUUUUUUGCUUUAUUCUGCAAAAAUGAGAAGUUGAAGACUUUUGUAUUUUUGACUUUGCUAGUUUGUGGCAGAGUGGUGAGGACAGGUGGAUAUUUCAGAAUUUUUUAGUAUAGCGUAUCGCAAUUGUUUGACACAAAUGGCAGCUUCACCUAGCUUCCAGAGUUCUUUUUUUUUUUCCCCUUUCUCUCUUUUUUUUUUUUUUUAGUUAUUGUGCUAAACUUAAUGCUGUUCUAACUACAGUGCUGAAUAAAAUUAAUGAGAGGCUGGGGUUACCCUGUGAUUCAAAAGUAGCACAACCCCAUUCUUCUGAAGCCAUCAGUAGAGUACAGUAUCUUGCAAAGCUAACAUACAGUUUUGAAACUGCAUUGAACUAGUUUUGUAAUGCUGGUCUGAGGACUCGAGCUGAGAAAAAGGAGAUCUUGAAGGAUGUUAGUUGACAGUACUGUAAUGUUGUAUCAACUGAUCUGAAUGUUUUUGACUUUGGACAAUGAGUUAUCUUUUUUCUUUUUGUAGUAGUUGAAAAGGCCUAGGUAAAGCUAACAGGCAAUAGAAAUAUGUACACCCAGGCUUUUAGUGUAACAGACUAAAUGUUAAUUGUUCUCUUCUUUUUAUUAUCUUCAGUAGACACCUUUGAAGAACAGUAGAGUUUUGUUGCGCUUAAACCACCACCCCGUGGUGUUUAACGAAGGCAGAGCUAUCAUAACUUUAGUUUCCUUCUGAUUUUUUUUUUUUUUAUUUUAGAAGUCACAAUAAUGUACUGGUUUUAGAUGUCACUAGUUUGACUGGUGAUCAUGUUUUGACAUAAAAUAUAUCCAAAAUGUCAUAGAAAAAUAUUGUGUUUUUUUCUUGAUGGGAUUACAUUUCAACUAAGUUGCAGGGUUGGUUUUUCCAUUGUUGUUUUUUAUGCAUUUACUUUAAUAGUGUUUUCCCUGCGCUGGAUGCAAAAUACUGAAAAUAAUUAGAAAACUAGGUCCGGCUUUUAGACUGUAAGUCACAUGCAGAAUCAAAACUGUUUGGCAUAAGGUACACAGCAAAAAAAUUCAGCCUAAAAUUUUUUUCCUUUUUGUAUACGUUUCUGUUUAUAUUCUGAGCUGAGACGCAAAUGAAGCUGACAUUUAGCUGUCAUUAUGAUCAGUUAGGACAAAAACCAACUCAGUGCUCCCAAACUGAAAGAAAAUAACCAAAUCCUGGCACACACGUUUGAAAACAAUGUGAACGGGAUUUAUGUUCCUUCAAAAGCAGAAAGUAAGAUAGCUAAACCUAACCAGACAGGAACGAGUUUGGGUCCAAUAGGGAACUAUAGUUUCACCAGGUUUAAAGUCAACUAGUACUCUGAGCAUUUCACUGAAUUAGUAUCUUAAAGUGGAAGACCUCAGCAAGCAUUGGUGUUUGUGUGUGCACUGGGUAUAACAUAAACACACAACUGACAGUUGAACCUACAGAAGCUUUGUACGUUGUCUUUUCUGAAUCCACCGGAGUUCUCAGCAGGACUGCACACAGUCACAGCAGGGGGGGUUCUGGUGGAGCGUGUGGUUGCAGUUACACUGGAUACCUAAUCAGCAAGCACAGAGUUUUCUACGCGUUAUGACCACUGACCAAUGUGCAACCUUUUAAAUGUUUUUACAUGCCAAAUGUUCUUAGUGAGUAAAAGUUAAUUGUUACAACAAUGGAUGUGCCUGGAUUUUGGGGUCGCAGUUUUUUUUUUUAACUCACUAAUUUAUCUAAAGAAGAAAAAUUCAGCACUCACCCGAAAUUGCAGACAGACAGCUUCCAACUUCUCUAUUCCCUUCAGCCAACAGUCUGGAAAUGAAAAAGUCAGCAUAGUUUUACUAAGAGCGCUUUGGUGCAGAAUCCUCAGUGUCUCUCUCAGAUAUAUACCUUGUCAAUUUGCAUUUCGAUGCAAAGCUGAGUGAAGCUAUUAAUCAUGCAUUUAAAUCAAGUACUUCUGCUACACACAAUUUUGUACACGUUCAUGAGAUCUCACAUUUUUAAUCACACAAUAGUUACAUGUUGGGAUUAGGCAAGUGUCCUUUGAUCAUGGAGAAGCAGCAUGCUGGAAGCAUUCAUGUUAUCACCUUCUCCCUUAUUUUAUGUUAAUGCAAAAAUCUCCCCUUGCCUUCUCCGCCAGAAAAGCUUCAGAGCAAUAAUUACCAUCUUGUGUAUAUGCUAUCCUAACCUUAAAACUGCCUCUAUCCUUAUAACAGAGAUAAUGAAUUAAAACUGAGAUCUCUUUUGCACUGAAGAUUCACUGUACUUUUUCCAGAGAAAAGGACACAGGGAGGACAAGGUUGGCAGCAAAAUUACAGCUUCCAACUUGCAAAACAUCAUAAAAUUGUCUUGAGAAAGUAAUUAUUGAGCAAGUGUCAGAUGCUGCAGAGCAGGCCUCUUCCUCCCGCACCUUCCUGCAGCACUUGUGCAGCUGUACCACAAACACUCGGUAACAACAAGCUUUCACCUGAGCCUCCUGUCCAACGGGGUCGGCAUACGGGAAGGGAAGCAGUGUCUGAUGUGUUCCUUGCCACUGGGGAAAUUAUGUGCCUGUUCUUCCCUGCAGACCUAUUUGGCAGUUUUAUGUCAUUUGUUAUCGUUAUAGUGCAAUGCUGUUAAAGAACAGCAAGAGAAAAUGGCCUUAUGACAGUCAUAUACUUCUGGAUGUGCUGAUCUGUAGUAUUUCAGGGGAGCUGAUGUUGCUGGGGCUCUGGCAGAGAGAUGCAGGUUCCCUGACAACAGCUCAACAGCCACAACACCCUGUUAGUGCCGCACAUUCUGCACAUACAGCCACCAGUGACAUGUAUUUUCAGCCUUGUAAUCUAUGCCCUUAGAGCUCUGUACAGUUCUCCUGGAAAGUUAAAAUUCUGCUAAUAAAAGGAAAAAAAAAACAACAGUGGGUAAGAGAUUAAUGACAUGUGGCAUAUAAUCUUAGCAAAUAACCUUCAGCCUUGUCCUAGCAAUUCUGUGCUUGCAGUUUGUUGUAAGCAAAAAUAAAAAUAUUCUCUUUGCCUAAUUGCCUUCAAAAUAUAUUUGGAUCUACCAUUCACUGGAGACAAAAACACCCUCAGUUUGCUCAGAACCAGAGAUCAAGCCUGGCUGCUAUAAAGCAGUAUGUGAAGAACCAUGGUUGUCUUGCACUUGGCUAACAGUUUAGAAAUGCUCUGUAAGAGUAGAUAUCUCAUACCCAACUAAACGUUUGCAGUGUUACUUCCACAUGAUUUCCCAAUAAUAAACUAUCCUUGUGCCCUGAAGAGCAAGUCACUUAUUCAAGUGUGGUAUUCAGUACUCUAGCUACAUCCACUUUGCACUUCCUCACCCAAACUAUAACAUCCUCUUGCAUCGAGAGGAUACCUUCUCACCCAUGGACCCACGCUCAUGUUGGACAUGGACUUGGACUACAGCACACAGAUACCACAGACAUGUAUUCCUGCUGCAGGAUUUGCCUUCUCAGCGCACUGCACUGACAUCCCAGCACCCAAGGGCAAGGUGGACGUGCUAACACUGCACUUCUUCACGACAACCCCAAGUGCCUGCGUGGGAGAGAGCAAACGUUGUUGCAUGCAGCCCAAGUUAAAGUACUGCUGUUGUAUCCCAUGAGAGAAGCCUGCUACCAAAACCCCAGAUAAGAUAUUUUACCUCUGUUUCCAACUACAGAGAUAUUUACACUGGGGAACUUCCAUCCACCUGUCCCCAGCACAUCCCUGCAGCACCUGCCUGCCUCCUCCUGCCCUCUGCCACUCAGGCAAACCCCGUACAGCCCUGUGAAUCUCAGGAUCUCAUGAGAGGUCACCAAAGGACUUGGAAUUUGUAUUUAACUUUGCAGAUCCCUGCUUUCCCUACCAACCCUUCUCCUUUCACCUCCUUCUUAACCUGUUUUCCUUUCAGCUGUCUCCCUUUGAGGACCACAGCAGCAGCUGGCUGGCAGCAGGAUGCGGCUCAUGGCUCAACUUGCAGCACACAGCACUUCAGUGCUGCCCCUCUGUCUCCACAUUACUGCAAACAAAAACAACUGUCCCCUUAGCAAAAGAGCUCCAUGUCUUCCCACAUCUCUCUACUCCAAAUCUUUUUCCUUAUUUUGGGGCACAUUGUGAGCCUCUGUUACUUUUUCGACUGGUAUAAAAGCAACAACAGACUCAUUUUUCUUUCCAGUAAAGGUGACUUACCAUAAAAAUUUGUACUAUUGUAUAUUUAUGUCACAUAGACCAAAGGAAUGCUGAAUCAUAACAGGUUUUGAAAUACAAGAAAUAAACACAUUGGAAAAGACAACUGAUCAUUAAGUAGAAUUUUCAUAAGGAACUGAAUGAGUUCCAAGCUUACAUCUCAUUAACUUCAGUGAUGCCUCAGCUCUGGAAAGAGGUGAAGCAGAUCCUAAUGGAGAGCUUUAGGAAGCGUUAACUCAUCUGAAAUCCUGGACAGCUCUGAGACAUUUUCUGUGCAAUUCUGUAACAUGGAUUUUUACAAAGAUCAUUUGAAAUCAUAAUCCGCAUUUCAGUUAAGGGAAUGGGUGAGAAUGGGAUUUAAAUCCUGCCAUCCUCAGUGGGGUAUUACUGAUUUUUCAGACAUCUAAACAUCUGUGUCUUUGGCAGCUGCAGUGCCAGAUUUCUGCUCACAACCACACACCUGGAGGAAAAAUUCCGGGCAGGAUUUUUUGAACAGCAGCUUUUCCUCCUGCAGCCUAUUCUGCUGGGCUUCAUUCUAAGCAAGAAGUAAUAUGUAAGAAAAGAUCAGUGCAGGGAAAGAAGAAGAGCAAUCAUUGAAGUGUCAACCACAUCCUGAGCCAAAGAAGGUUCUUGGACAUGGAAGGCCAUGAAGACCACACAGCACAUUUAAGGACUGUGCAGAACCUAACAGUGCAGGUCAGCUCAUUGCUCUGCAACACAAACACAUGCUUGUAACUGGUAUUUCUGGUUUCAGGUAUUAAAUUAUCCCUUUAUACCUGAAGUAA